AUGACGGUUUUACCAUUCAUUGACAUAAAAUCAACACCAAUACGUUCAGUGCAGUCUCCUCGAUUAACAAGAACACAAUCAUUACCUCGUGUAGGAGACAUAAAUAAUUCAUUAGGACAAAAAUCAUUCAAUGGAUCCGAUGAUAUUAAUAAAUUAUUUCCUUCAUCAUUAAUUCGCAGUUCGAUACCACCGCAACGCACACGUACACCAAAAAUCAAAAUAGUUCCUCGAUCGGAUGACAUAUUAAAAAAAUUACCGCAUGAUAAAACAGCUGGUAUUCGUGCACAUAAUACUAUUUGGAAGCCAUUAACCCGUGAACUACCCGACUAUGAUUAUCUAUGGGAGCCAUUACAACGUGAAGAUAUACGUCAUCAAUAUGAUUCUUAUGUAGCACCACAACGAAUUCUUGCUAGUCGACCAGAUGAACCACAAAAGAUGACAACAAUGUUUGAAACUCACGAUAGACAUUAUCAUAAUUUUAAGCGAGUGCGCGCUAUGCAACAAAGACAAUGGAAUAAAGAACAUAUACAAUAUACAGUUUAUCCUUAUUCAAAAAUAUUCGAACGUGAAAUGUACAAUAAAAAAAUUCGAUCAACACUGAAGGAACAAAUGGAACAUAAAAUUCAAACAGAUAGAAAUGAUCAAAUACUAAAAGGUUUUGAAAGUCAAAUUCUGAUUCAACGUGAUCGACAAGAUUUAGAAAGUGACAAACAAAAACAAAAACAACAUAGCCGAUUCCUAUUUCAAACUACUAUUAAAAAUAAAGAAUUAAUGGAAAAUAAAUGGGAAUCUGAUCAAUGGAGUCGCGUACAUCAAUGGCAUGUCGAGCGAGCUAUAAUAGCGGAUGAUCCGAUUAAUUGGAGUAAAACGAUGACUUGA